GCAGCGGGAGCUAUCCGACCUCUUGUUUCCACAGUAAUCGCCACCACAUCCGAGGGCUACCUAGACCACUCUUUGGAGAGAGCCAAGUACAGAGCCAGCGAGAUGCCUCAAGGAUUUACAUAUGAUGUCAUCUCUCAGGCCUAUCAGAGGUGCAGUGAGUCAGACUUCGAGUUUGGCACAGAGUGUCUCCAUCUGGCUCUGCAGUACUGUGGCACCAAUGCCAAGCUCAUUGAGGGUCCGCCAACACUGUGGAAGGUGACCUACAAACGGGAUUUGGCUGCCGCAGAGUCCAUUAUCAAAGAGACUUUAUCACGUUCAGCAUGCGUUAUCACAGGUGGAUUGGCAGAAGCUGUGAACCUGGCAGAUGCUCUUCGGAAGGCUGUUGGAGCUCUGGAUAUGGAGUUGGACAUCGUCCCAGAUCUAAUGGGAGACAACGCCAGGUGUCUGUUAAAGGAGUGGAACUUCAUCCAAGUUUCUGUCAGUCACUCAUGCUUGUCUGAAGUGGAGGCGAUACUUGUGGCUUUAGAGGCAGAAAAUCGAGCUCUUCUCCACCCGGUGGUUGUUAUUUGGGUGCACUUCAGCAGGACUGAUGAGCUCCCUGUCAGCGAGAGAGCGCCCACGGCAAUCAUGGAGUUGGCCUCAACAGCCAAGCACAGAAAUAUUCUCAUCUAUGGCAUCCAGCUUAAACAGUCAGAGGUAAUGUUGCUGUCUUAUAUCAGCCAUCUGUACAUUUUAGGAUGCACACACAUCCUCAUUUGCAUUGGAAUAAAUGUGCCCAGUAGUGCGACUAAGAGGAUGGAUAGAAACUUUAAAUCCUCUGUUAUAUGAGUUGUUUUUUGAACUGAAUGACAGGGAUGAAAAAUAUGCAGAGGUGCUUUAGGUCCAAAGCACUGUGCAGUUCGAAUGAAGUACAUGUAGGCCAAGUCACAAGAGUUAACCUGAUGUGGGGAUCCUAUGUAAGGCCCUCCAAAUGUGUACUGGAGUCAUUAGGAUGGAUGUGGCUGACAGACUUGACCUGAAAUCCAUAUCUGACUUCUUACUUAUUGCAGGAUUAUAUAAGAAGAAAUUAUUCUUCCCCCACAGUGAGAAAUAUCAAGAUUCAUGCUACUAAAGCCAUCAAAUCAAAUCACUGUUUUUGGGCCAGAUGUAUAAAGCAAACCUAAGACAAUAUAAAUGAAUAUUCAUGGCGUUAUUGGCCUUAAAUAUGACAUUCGUUGUGAUUCAUGUUCCUGACAAAUGAGGUUUCUUGGCAGCUGCAUCACUUCACAAAUAAAUGGUAAAAACCUCUUUGCCUCAGGCAAGAGGAUGUUUGAGCAUGUCGGGUUUGUUCACAGUGGUGAGAGGAAAAAGAAGAAGAAGAAAAACGUGAUGGGUGAGCUGGUUUUGUUCGUGGUCAGUAAGAUGGUAUGUCGCAUCAGGUCUUGACACCGCACUGUUGUUUAAUUAAAAAGAGAUGUUUUGUUUUCUCGGUAGUGAGGCAUGCAAAAUGUCGCUGCCCCACAUGUGAGAUUGAUUCUACUAUCGGAUGUUGGAUAUCAUGGUUUUCCUGAGAAUUGCGAAGAGUAAAGUUGUUAAUUAGUCAUCCUGUUUAACUCCUUAGAGAGAAAAGAGGAAAGGGAAAGGGAGUGACAGAGAUAAUGCGCGUUUUGCCAUGAUAAAGUUCUUAUCGUUAUGAGAUAGUGGAACAACAGAAUACAACCUCCUAUAAAUCACUGAUAGUUUUUUGUCAUAAUGAGGAUAAUUCUUCCCAGAUGUCCUUAUUCAUACUUGCGGCGAUGCCUGCCAACACACGCUCCAUCAGCCGUACACCUUAUAUGAAUAUUGCUUUUAUACCUAAGUUUGCUGCAUGUCUUUGACUUGAAUAAAAAAUAUCUGAAAGCAGACACCACUAUUAACAUUGCCGUUAAUUUGAUUUUAAUAUUAGUGAAAGAUUCAUUAGCUCCACGUGGAUUAUUAGUCUUUAAAUAAACAGAGCCAUUAAAAAAGAAGCUGGGGUGGCAUGAAUUCACAUGAGUGAACAUGUAACUAUUGUUAGUAUCUUUGCCAUGAUUUUCAGAAUUUUGUCAUCCAGAGAAUUAUGAUGUCUACAGUUUGGUCGCAUGAAGACGAACAUGUUGUGUUUUCCCCAUGACAACAUGGUCUGGAUUGCAUUUUCUGUUCCUUGCAAAGAAAGGUCAAGUUUUCCUGUUUGGAUUUCUCAGAAUGUCUUUGUAAGGGAAGCCAGUGCAGACUGCAAACAUUUAGUUAUGCCUCUGUCUACAGCUUUAUACAUAUAUCUUCCCUGUGACACUUGAUAGCUUGCUCUCUAUUAUUAAACAUAGUUAGUGUGCAUUUUUUGCUUUUUAUGACUCUGUGUAUGUGUAGAAAUUUCACCACUACCAUGCAAUUUCUAAAGAGUUCCCUCCAUUCUGUACAAAACAACUCAGUGGUCUAAAUUCUAUCUCGCUAAGAGAAUGCCUGGCUGUCCUGGAUCCUAAGAUUGGAUGGAGGUUAUCUUGCUUGUUAAACUAUUGCCAGUAACCAAUAAUCAGCUUAUUGCAAGUAGGGCUGAUGUGCUGAUUAAAUGUCCAAAGUAAAUCACAUAAGGACCCAAAAGACUUGUCUCGUCCUUUAUUAUCUUUAAGAUGAACAAAAUUAGUAUUUCUUCAGCCACUGUCCAAAUUGUUAUUUUUACACAUCCGUAUUGAUUUCAACCCAAAAUUUCACAAUUGGUGCUUUCCUGUGCAGUAUUAUGAGGUCAUGUUGUACAAAUCAGAUACACAAUCUGUCACAAUUUGAACUAUGACUACUGUUAAUGUGUGUAACAGUAAUGAUGAAGGAUUAUACUCCUGUGUUAUCAGCACUGAGGUGUUCCUGGAGAAGAUGGAUAGCUGCUCUAGGGGACAGCAAAUCAACCAGAAUAAAUUAUUGUGUAAAAAAAAAUCAUAUAUACACGGAGGGGAAAAAACUACAAAACUGCUGAUGCUUUUUUGCUGACCUGUUGUUUUAAGGUUUGGACUCAUUUUGGUGUCUAAAAACCACUAAUUUACUUCAUUUUAAUUUUGCCUCCUUGUUGUCUUACUGAAAGAAGAUCAGCACAAGGGGUGUGUUCAGUCUAAAACUACAGCCAGGAGUAGGUUAGCUUAGCUUACCUAAUAGUAGAAAUAUGACUAAACUCUAAAGCUCAAAGUGCAAAGUCUAAGUUCAUAGGUCAACACGUUUCUUUAUUCUAUGCAAAAAUUUGAGUUUUACUUACUUGAUAAUUAGCCAGGCUAACACUGCAAUUAGUAUCAAAAAAAUCCUUUAAAGUAAACAAUCUGUAAGGACAUAGUGUUAAAACACUAAUGCUGGUAUUGAAAAUUAAAAAUAAUAAUGAAAAUAUCAAGGAUUCAUUAUAGAAAAACUGAACAGGUACAUUAUGAGAAUGUGUUUAGUUAUAAUUUCUCUUCAGUGGAGUUUAACCUUUAGGAUGUUACUACAAAGUAACGUGGUGCUGUAUACUGCUGACCAGAAUACUGUUCUGUGAGAAAUGUGAAUAUUAGAGCCACAUUCCAGUGAAAAUAUUUAUAUAAACACUUUACAAAAAACGUAACAACGCUUUAUAAAUUUAAGAUGUUGUAGCUUUAUUCUCAAUUUGCCAUCAAUAGUAAAAACAUGUGUAGCAUCACCACAGUGUCUAUUUUCCAAUUUUUUACACGCAUCAUUGUUAAUCGUCCAUAAAUUUUGGGUGCCUUUUGUUCCUCCCUAAAUGAUUUCAUCCUUUACUCUGACAUGACUGCUCGUUGUCAACUGCACACAAGUGAAAAGCACAACUGGGGAGUGCAUUUAAGUGUCCCUCACUUCUCAUUAUGCAUCGCACUGAGGAAUUAUUGGACGCACCCGCUGCUUUGGAAAAGAAAAGCUGUUUGGCUAAUUGAAUUUUAACCUUUUGACAGCUAAAAUGCAUGAGCACAUGGAAUUGUGCUCGUCCCAGUGAGGUUGGAAAACUGAUCCACCUCAUUGACCUUCGGUGAUGUCUUUUUGGAUAAAAAGUGUGUUUUUCUUAAAUGAGGCCCGAUUGUGGUUUUACUUUAUAACACCCAGCCGCUGAAGCACAAUGCAUCCAGCAGCACGUUGCCAUGCAUGGUACUUCGCUUUGUCAACAGGAGAGAGUGAAAUGGAGUCUUUGGGCAAUGAACGGCACUCUCUCUGAAAGGAUCAAAGAGCUUCUCUAGAGCUCUUUUCCGUUUGUGCUGUUGCCUCUUUGAAGAUGCCCACAAGCCAAACAUCAGGUGCAACAAUGUGUGAAAACCUCAAACCGAUCUGAAGACGUUGGCUGAGAAUGCGAAGACACCGGAUCCUCAUAAACUAACACGAUGUUGUGAAAACGGUGACGGUAUAUGCUAUCGGUGUCUGCUGUGUUGAUAGGAAGUGUCAUUGGAUCCUUUCUCGCACAGGGUCCUGGUGACUUGUCAUUUGUUGAAAAGGGAGUUGUCUCAGUGAUAUAUGGGUGUUGUAAUCCCUGCAGUGAGAGCCCUGAUGUUUACCCAACCCCAUAUUUCCUCCUCCUCAAAGAGCCCGAACCGGGAACCCUAAACCUGAGAAGAGAUUAGCCGGCCAGGAAGAAAAGAGAGGGAGAGAAAGGAGAAGAGGGAGGGGAGGGAAGAGGAAAAGAAGAGGACUCUAUAGGCCUAUUCUCCUCUACCUGUUCAGAUCUAGGUCUGAAAGGCAGACAGGUGAAACCGUACACGACCAAGUGAAAAUCUUGCUGUGACGCCCGUGGAGUUGUACUCCUGCUGAAGUCGGGGGGAGAUUAGAGAAGGCUGCUGUCUCUGUGUUUUCAGCUAACUCCUGACUAUUUCACAUCCUAAAUCCAACAGUUAUUCUGUGCCGAAUAAAAGAAUGGUUUUUCAUGGCGAUGCAGAGCAUUGGAUAAGAGGAAACAAGUUCAGUGAACUGGAUAUCUCUACUAACCACAUAUUACAAAAUCUUUGAGUUCUUAAAUGAUUUUUUAAAGAGCUGCGGUCAGCAGAUAAAUCUGAGGGGCGGCAGUGGCUCUGGUAUCAAGCCAAAGCGUUUAGGAACUAUUAUGAUUGAUGAUCGAUGUAAACAAGGGUAUUUAUGCUUGUCAAAAAAUGAAGUAAAUGUAGCCAGGAAUGUGCAGGGUUGUUUUACUACACAAACGUUCCUACCUUCGCCCAUUAGUAACAGUGUCUAGGUUUUUUUUUUUUCUUUAAGGUUUUAAAGAUAAAAUUGUUUUCUAAAAAUCCUGCUAUGCUAGAUGCCAUAAUACUACCCAGGACUAAUGUGACUUGAUGAAAAGUUAAGAGAUCAGUAAAUCACAAUAUAUACCAAAUUUUAUUAUAACUACUUUGGUUCUUACUGGUACUUUUUAGUACAAAUACCAGCCUAAUAGUAGUCCUACUGAAAUAACUGGAUGGCAACUAUAGCUGAUGUUUAAAAAAAGAAGAAGCAAGUGGAUCACCAGACAUUAGAAACAAACAAGUGAAGCUCUUUUCGUGACAUCUCUGUGUUUACCUGCUGUUAGGGUCAAGAGAAAUCAAGGAUGGUUGCUGUCUCCGCUCACUGCUAACCUUUCUGUUAGAUGUGACUGGUGUCUGGUGUUAAUUUUUCUGUUGGAACGUUAAAUGUAUUCAAUUAUAACCUACGAUUGCAUGCAGUAGUCUCCUCUGAUAUUUUAGUCCAGUUGAAAAUAAGAGAUAAAUUGUGAGUUAAAAUAAUAAACACUAAGUAACAUCAUAUAACUUAAUCCAAACAGUGCAGAAAACAACACAGAUAAGAAAUGACGUGGCAUUACACAAAUCUGUUUAUUGUUACCAAAAUGUUUCUGAGACACAUUUGGCAGGUCUUUCAGUGGAUUCAGAGAGUAAAAGUUCAGUAUCCACCCUGCCCCUUCACAUAAUUCUUCCCCUGUUGUUGUCUAAGUAGUUGUCUUUCUUCUGACAAUUAUGUCGUUUUUACUUUAAGAUCCUUCUGGAAAAGUGGAUGAGAGCACUUGGCUCCCUCAGUUGAAUCCUGACAUCUCCAUAAAGACAGAAGCCUGGGAUCACUCCCCUCUUAGUAAUGUAUUUGUAGAGUUAGGGUCGAGCCAUUCGCUGCCUUGACAUGUGCAGAAUAUCAAGCUUGAUCUUCCACGCUGAGUGCUCCAGAUGUGUGUUGGUAUGUGUGAAACUUGACCGCUGGAGUUUGGCUCAAGGAAUUAGACAUACCAAAGCGGUGUUUACUCAGCUUUGAUUUCAUAGAUUAAAAAGACCAGCAGCGUUGUGUUUGGGUUGAUGUGUCUUGAAUCAGGGAGAAUCUUGCAGACAAUUGGAAAAUGUCAUUCCAAGAGGGAAUAUAUUUGAAACAGAGAGUUUAUUCUUAUGAAGAUCGGUUUAAGCCAGUUCUUCACAAUGAGUUUGUAAACAUUCAGUCACGCAGAGAAAGAGCCGAACAUACAUGUAUAUUUGUUUUGCCACUUGGUUUUUAGGCCUUUCUGACCACCCACGGUAGUCCUGGUUUCAGUUUACUUCCAGUUAUGUGGUGGGGAAGUGCAGCUCUGCUGAAAUUAUGCUUUCAGUUAACGGACCUCAUCAAGGUUUGUUUUUGUGCCACUCACCUUCUUACUCUACUCGUGCUUUUAUUUGCAGAGACCUUGGCACACGUGCUUGCGUGGCUGUUUAUGGUUGAAAAUAGCUGUAGAACAGCACGUAACAAGUUCAGACCAAAAAAAGUAGAGCAGAAAGCCCCAAGAGGUUGGUAAAAAUGUGGCCGUCCUCAUCAGUCCUUAUGGAAAAUUAGAAACGAGGAUUAAAAUCCAUAUUGCUUUCCUCCGAAAAAUAAAAAAUACUUUUUCUCAUGUAAACUGAUAUCGAUAUGUAUCCCAAUAUAAAUCCAAUCACUAUUUCUGUUAACCCUAAAGGUUCCCCUUUAAACCUAAUUUGAUAUAUAAACAUAAGGUUAAUUUUUUUCCUGUCAGAAGUUAAAUAUGAUAAAUAUACUGCAACAUUGUACAACUUAUGUUUAUAUUGCUAAGACCUUUGCAUGAUAAUUAUGUUAUUGUUUUAUUGCCUAGCUCUGUGUGCACCCAUGAAGUCAAUUGAUGCAGUUUUCUUGGUGCUAGCACUGAACCCACUCAUCAAAAUACGGCCACUUCUGGCUACAAAGCCUCAAGAUGACAGUGGCCAUUUGAAGCAUCAAAAUGCAAAUCCACAAACUAUGAUGUUAUGUCUCUGGAUCUGCAGCCAUCCUCUAUAUACAGUCUAUGUGCCCAACCGACGAUUUUCCACAGCUGACAUGUUGAAUUUGCCUGGUUAAAACUGCAAAAUGAGUUUUUCCAAGAGUUUUCUCAUGAAGCCUUGUGUAAAAACAUUUUUCUUAACAGUUUCUUGUAGCAAUUCUGUUCACUCUUCAUCUCUCAAACCACAUGGGUAGCAUCCCCCUGUUGUUUAGUCUGCAGCACACUGGUAUUUUGACAGGAGUAUAAAAACAUUGUGUUGCACCUAUGUUUGCAUGUUUAGCAUUAGCGAUGGAAGUGAGGGCACCGAGUCUUGGCCAGGAUGCUGCUGAAAACCCAGGUAGUAAUAAAUGUCUUGUUUUCUAAAAUCUGCCUGCACCUGCAGCUGACCUCAGAUGACCUGCGAUAUGGAGUGUAUUUAGCCUCCCUGGGUUUCUGUAAGUGAUACAAUGUGAUCAGUAAAUGAGGCUUCUGUGGCGAGUGUGUGUGCGCUUGUUCUUCUCUCUCAGCGCACGGAGGAUUUGGUAUGUCCCAGUUCAUAACUCCCCACCCAUGCCUUCAUGCUUUCAUACCUCCUCAACUAAGGAUCCAUUGUUCUUGCACACUGUUUUGAGGUCUGUCUUUCGGUGAGUUGAAUUCAAACAAAGUCAUCUCUCACCAGAGCUUGUUCAAAAAGUUCUCACUGAAGGGCUCCAGUGGAAAUACAGACCACCUCAGUGUCCCAUUCUUAGCAGAGUAUUCCUUUUCUCUGGAGGGUACACAGAAGGAGAAGUCGCACAUGGGACAUGACUAACAAACUGCUUUGUUUGCCCGACGGAUGCCCCUAGACAGGAUAUUUUGGAAACCCUUGUUGAAAGAGCUUUUCCAGUGUACCGUGAAAAGGUUGUGUGGCAGCAGUUGUUCUCUCAAUGUGAUCUCAAAAGGCAGUUAUCAGGACAAAAGUUCUUUUUUUAACCUGUCAGCUCUUUUGGACUUUUGGAAAGUCUGAGGAAGCCUCACAAAAGUAGGGCGGGAUACAGACUUAUUCAUUUUCCUACAUUAUAGUCCCUUUCAGAUGAAGUGAGGCAGAAUGGGAAUGAUGGGAAUAUCUAAAAUACAGACAUUCAGGCAGCAACACUAAAUACCUCAGCAAAAUUCAAUAAAAACACACUCCCUAGAGACGCUUCAUCUCUGAGAAGUACGAAAUAAUACUUAUGUCACUGUCAUCUCUGUCAGCUUUAGGUCCCAGUCUCUUAGCUUGGAUACAGACGGCUUUUAAAUUUAUGGCUGAACUUUCAGUGUAAGCCUGAUAUGUACUCUGAAAGUUGUUUAGACCUGAAGCUCAGCAGUAAAUAUUAGCACUGUUUGGAUCUAAAUCUAAUAUUUGGAUGUAUGUGUGUGAGCGUUUUCUUUCUUCUCUGUCUCCUGUCACUUUAAUCCAAGUGCCUGACUGAAGUUUGGCAGUUAUUGGUCAUCUUUUAUUCAUUCCAUCUCAGUAGAUUGAAGAUAGAGCCUCUGUUCGUUUGUCCCAUAAUGUGCUGCGGUCAGUAUCCCCGUCAUUAUCAUAUCUGGAAAGUAUGUGUACUGAUAUGAAAUACUUUUAUUUUUAGUUUUAUUUCCUUUCUUCUUAUCUCCUGUCAUUGCAUAUUUUGUUUUUGUCUUUCAGUUAGAUUUACUAUCUUUUCUCCAAGCAGCAAAACUGAACAUUAGCUUUCACAUAAAACUGCACGUCUUGGUACAGAUCACAAUUAUAUACAUUUCCUUUCCUUGCUCUUUCUUCUAUCACUUCCAUGUAUUAUUUCUAACUUCCUGUAGAGCACAAAUUUACCAUGGAUCUGAAAUGUUAUGUGCAAGAAAAUAAAUUAAUCUUCAUAAUUGAUUUAUUUUGUUUUUUAAGCACAGAAUGGAAAAACAAUGCCAGGACUUUUAAUACUCUCUGUUGUGGGUUAUGUUGAUCAAACAAAGGGAGUAGUUUAAAUGGAAAAAAAAAAAGUAUAAAGUGUAAUGGUCUCUUAACAGUAGAAAUACACUAAAACUACAUUUUAAUACUGAUGCCUGGACUAAAAGUACUCUUAAUGCUCCAGCUAGAGCUGAAUAUAAGUUUACCAUUUUGGCAAAACGUUUCAGUUUUCUUCCUGCUUUGUGCACAUUCUCAUUAUAUUUCUUUUCUUGAACUGCUCUGUAAUCUUCAUGCAAAUUCUGUAACACAGUUCUUCACUAUUACUGUUUUACCUGUUUUAAUAUUCUCAUCUACAUCUACUUUUUUUAAUCCCAAUAACCCACCAGUCUAAUGGCUCAAUGUGGCGCUAAUUAUAUGCUGCUAAACAAAUCCACUAAACCAAUCCACAGAAACUUUUGUCAAUCCGAAAAGAGAUCCCAAAGUUUCCAAAAUUAACUUGACACCAAAGAAUAAAAAAUAAGAUAAAAUGUAUUGUACUGGUGUAUUGCUUGGUGCUGCUUUCAGUAGAGGGAGUUAGUCAUUCUGCCACAGCUCCUGAUUACAUCAAUGAAUCUCUACAGGACAUUGGUGGUGUAACAUUCAGGGCUCUAAUCAGACUGACCAGUAAUUGAACCUGUUAUCCCCCUCUCCUUUCUCAGUUUAGCCCCUAGCUACUGCCUGUCUUCAAUGAUACACGGAGAGGAGGGAGAGCAAGAGGACCACAAUACCCACUCAGGGACGAGCUGUCAGAAGCCCUGAAACACUAUCCUCUCUGUGUUAAAAGCACUGGGUGUUUUUAGCAGUAUUAUAUCACUGGGAUUCAGUAAGGCAGGUCGUUUGGGGAGAGUUUUCCUGAGAAAUGACUUCUAUUAAAGAGCAUUGCUCACCGAGGCUCACAUUAGGUGAUGGUUUUGACUUUUAAGACUCCCAGAGUGGAGAACGCUGUCUGGCCACAAUGCCAGUAAUGAUACUGCCCUCAAGUGGAUCCUACAGCCGUUUGUACUACAGCACUUUUAUGUCACAGAGAAAAAUGCAGAGACAGUAAAAUAUUAGGAUGAUGAAAAGAGGUGAUAAAAACUCUCCUGAUGUUCUUGGCCACUUUAGCUAUGGUAGCUAGUGUGACUCUAACAACUCUUUCCAGUUCUCUUAGCUUGGGGUCAGUGCCAAGCCUUUCCAUAAGCUGUUUUUAUAUUAGGACCUGGUUCUUGGCAUUUUAUAAAGGGAAUAUGAGUGGACCAGAGGGCCCAGGUUCUCAUGAGAAUGACAGAGAUGUGCAAAUUAUCACAGCUAAAAGCCCUAAUUGCCUGAAACCUUUCUGCAUCAAAGCUGGCCCUUCUUGUGUGGCAGAAGUGAAGCUGCGUGCUCUUUAAGAUGGAAAGGUUGAUUGCAUCAGUGGCAUUUAGAAGUAGAGAGUUUGAGGAUCGCUUAUUGUGUGGUCCACUGAUGCUCUCCUCCCCCAUUCUUCCCCAUGUAUUUCAAAGACCUGUCACCUCACGACUUGUCAAAAUCUUUCCUUCAAACAGUAAGCAAAAAUAGAAGCUAAUGAUUGAAGUUCCAUUCUGUAAACUUGCGGUUGCCGUGUGGAAUAACAGGCCUGUCGCAUGUGUUGCAUUUGUACACAUGGGAAUGAUUGGGAACAUUUUCCCUUUAGUUACUGCACCGUCAUAGGAUUAUACAGUAGAUCGCAUUGUUUAUGUGUCAAAACAAAGCUGUAACUUAAUUUUCUAAUGGGCCUGCUUGCCGCAGCUGAAAUCCGCGUUUUUGUAGCACAAGCCUAAAAAUUAAAAGAAAACCCUUAAGCUCUCCACAACUCUCUCCAGCUGUGGUUUGUAUCCAGUGGUAUUUUCCCCUUGAUACCAGUUCAUAUAUUGUUUUCUCUCUGUUCUAAAAUAUAAAAUCUGUGAAGAAAAACUACAUAAAUGCCAUUUUGGCCACCGAGAGAUUGGACGUGUCACUAAUGGAUGUAGCAGACAGUAUUGGGGGGAAAAAGUGUUUCAAAAUGUAAAUGUGUUGCUUUCCUAUUUAAUAUGACAUACACUAGCGAUUGUCCUUCCACUAAUGUGAAUAAAUGAUGAUACUUUUGGCUUUAAGUGAGGAUUUGUGGCAGUUAAUCAUUAUGAAGUGGAAAGUGAGGUUCCCUCACGACUAAUAAUAAUAAAGUGAAUCUCGUAAAAUCCAGCCCUUUUAAAAUAAAAUAAAAUACCCUCCUGCUGUCUGCACUUAGACUUUGGCACAUGUGGAUUUUCUGCCUUUGGAACAUCUGAAGAUUAAUUCCACAUUGUAAACAGGUGAGGAGUGCCUAUUAGCUCAUAAAGGACCAUCAAUCAAACUAAUUUGCUUGUGGGUUUCGUCUCACGGGGGCUCAGUUAUGCUUUGGCUUGAGGUUUCAUCUCAUGUCAGUCCAAAUGCCCACUCCCAGUCUGUUUAUCUCAGCUCUGCCACAGUGAGAAAAAUUCAGCUUCGAGUUAACUGGUUUAUUCAUCUACAUACGGCUGGAAGAGAGGCCGGGUCUGAAACAGUGGAAAACCAUCUCAGACAACGCUGGAGGACAUGGGUUCUGAUGAUGAUGAAGAUCUGGAGACAUGCAAAUCCUCCAGGAUCACAUUCCACCUCCUAGUGUGUGUGUAUGUGGGCGCAUGCAUAGGCUCAUGCACACUAAAGUGUCUAUGCAGUCUGCGCAUGUGUUCACUCUUCUGUAGGCAUCUGUCCCAACACAUGUAAUCCCUCUCAUGGAUGUUUGCGUGCCCAUAACAAUGAGCCAGUGAGCUGCUUUAUUCAUCCUGUAUGGUCCACAGUGGAAAGAGGAGACACGAGCUGUGGCACCCCCGCCAGCGGCAGCUAAACAGACAUACCAGCUCUUGUAUGUCAAGAAAAUCUACUUGCUGGAGUAAACUGCGGCUCUUCCAUCAGUUUGCAAGUUCCUCACACUUAAGUCAUAUAGAUUUCAGCCUGAAAGCAGUUUAAUAUGCAAAUGUCUCUGAGGGCUUGGAGUUUGUUGUUGUAGUAAGUAAUUCUACCCUUUUUCUUGUGCCUUUUCCUCAACCGCAUUUGAAGCCUGAGUGGCAGUUGUGACUACUUAAAGCUGUGCCACGAGUCAAUGAAGAGCUAAAGUCGUAUUUGUGUUCCACUGUGCAAGAAAACUACUGGAUUUAAUAAUGAUGUUUUAUGAAGCGUGAUUCAUAUUUCAAAGGCUGCAUAUCUGGAGUGGAAAUAAUUCAGCACUGGGUCUUAGGCAGGCUUAAAACUUUGAUCCUCCUUGGUGAUCUUGACUUGAUUUUUUUCUGUGUGUUUUUAUGUUCAAAUUAAAAUGUUUGGGGUUUUUUUUGCUUGUCUAUUAGAAGACAGACUUCUAUAAUUGAGCGAUUAGUUGUGGUUUAAUAGCCGUAGCUGUCUUCCAUUUGCAAAGAGACACCCGGCAUUCUUGCUACUUUCCCAGGGUCCUCGUCCCGUACACUUGGGUGGUAAUCAGCUGAUAAUCGUGCUCAUCACAUUUAUCAUCCCCACAGUAUUUCAGAUCAUCCAAACACAUGUAGCAUUUCAAAAACCUUCCGUGUGAACAUGUAAUUGGUUUUAGAUAACAACUGAAGGAAUGCUUUCAUCUAAUAAACAAUGAAAAGACGCAAUCACAUUUACCAAAACUUUCAGUUUCUCGCAUUGAUGAACCAGUGCAUAUUCCUUAGUCUAUAUGAGUAACUUUGUGCUAUCAGCCACAUUCUGUUGACUGCUUACAGAUGUACUGCCCAAUCUCCUCGUUUCAUUGUACCAUUGAUUAAACCACAGAAGAAUGGCUUGGGUACACGAUAAAGAAAAAUGGCACGCUUGAUCUUAUUCCUCAGAAAAAUCAAAAGGCAUACUAAGAAGCGGUGGCAUAUGACAGAAUGGCUCUGGAGCCCAUUCAUCAUAUUUUAAUUCCAUAUAUUAUUUAUUUAUUUUCUUCCAUUUCACCUAUGUUACUUUAAUCAAUGAAGCUACAAUUGGUGAUCUGUACUCCAAUACCUCAGUUCCCCCUUCAGUUUCUUGGUGUGGAAAAUCAAUGUCAUCUGAUUCCUCCUCCUGCUGGUUCUGAUUAUUGAGGAGUGCUCUAGGAGCUCUGGAUCCCAGGUUUUCUUGCUCCCUUUAACCACGGUCAGGCCCAAUUCCACGCUCAUCGCUCUCACACCUCGUUGCACUCCCAUCCAGGCCCUGCACAAGCUGGCUAGUGGAGCUAGGCUGUAAGGUCAAGAAAGGACAGAGUGACAGAAAGCUUAUUUUCUGCUCCAGAUGCGUUAAACUGCCGACACCAAUCUGUAAUACUAAAUGUAUUUAGAAGCCAGGUCCAAAUAUGUGCUAAACAGGAUGUUCCAGAUCACAAAUCACAGAUGAUUUGUCAUUUUAGCAGGAUAUAUUUUUAAUAUAUUUUUAUUUUCCUCUAUGUGGGUGUUAGAAAAUUAAAAGCUUUGUGAAAAGCCCCCCUAAAUGUUUUUAUUCCUUUCUAAGAAACCCUUCAUUUUGAGAGUUGGCUGAUGAAAGCGGCUGCAGACCCAGGAGAAUAGCUGUCAGCCUGGUUGGUGUUAUUUUGCUGAAAUACUGCAAGUCUGAUUCAAAUCUGUUGUAAGGGAUAAUUUGCCAUUACUAAAACCUGGAUUCUGCAUUGUAGGUUUGACCAUUCUUUUUGUCUGACAGUAUUGCACUUUGAUAGGUUUGUUUUUGGAUCUUAAACAAGACAAGCGAAAGUGGGAAUAAUGAUAAAGACUUCCUGAACAAAGCAUGGUGGGUUUCUAAGUGACAAUAUGUUGAGUGGAUUAUAUAGCUUUUGGUGGUAUGUCUUCCACCGCAAACAUUGCAAAUAUGUGCAAUGUUUUGGAAAGCUUUACAGACAGUAACUAAAGGUUGAAGGGCUGAGCUAGUGAUUACUUAUUAUAACAAGGGUUGCAUACCUCUGCCAAGGCAGAAAAUUCCCUCUGCACUAUGCAUGAGUUGAGUACCAGGAUUAAGAAGAACAUCUGGACCCAGUAUAGUCUCUGAUAUUUUCUUGGGAACAUCCAGGCAAUAUCUCACAAUGUCUUCUUAUUGCAAUCUCUGUGAGUUCGAUGUGCCCACUUCAGGCCAAAAACAAAUUUACUGCCACAGCUGGAGGAGUUUAAGUAUCACCGGGUCUUGUUCAUGAGUGAGAGGAAAGUGAAGCAGGAGAUCGACUGAUGGAUUGGUGCAGUGUCAGCAAUGAUGUGGACUCUGUAGCGGUGAAGAAAGACCUGAGCACGAACGCAAAACAGUCGAUUCAUUGGUUGAGCUCUGCUCCUACACUCACCUCGCGGUAGUGUCAGAAAGAAUACGAUUGUGGAUACAAGCAUUGGAAAUUAGCCUCCUCCUAUGGGUGUCUGGGCUCAGAGAUGGGAUGAGGAGCUGGCCAUUUGGGACUCAGAGCUUCCUGGGCACCUCCUAGUAUUUGAGAUGUUCCAGUCGUGUCCUUUCCAGGAAGAGGACCUGAGACACCCCCAGGAUAUGCUUUCAGCUGGCUCAGAAGUGCCUUUGUGUCCCCCUAAAUGUGCUGGAGGAGGUGGCCGGAAAGCGGAAGGUCUGGAUGUCUCUGCUUAGACUGCUGCCCCUAAACCCAGAUAAGCAGUGAUAGAUGGAUCUGAUAUGUAUUUGAGAGGUAUAGAGAUGGUCAGAAUCAAUUGCACAGAUAAUAGGGUGCCAAGUGAGGAACUGUGAUACUGCACAAGGAAGUCACAGUAAGACAGUGGUGAAGUGUGCAGUAGGAGUGACAGAUGGGUUUAAAGUGGGAGUAGGAUUCGAUCAGGGAUCUGCUCUGAGCUCCUUUGCGAUGGUGAUGGACAGGUGAACAGUUGAGGACAGGUAGGAGUUUCUGUGGACUAUGAUGUUCAUAGACAACAUUGUGAUCUGAGCAGGUGGGAGAGAACAUGGAGGGGUUGAAGGUAUGCAAUGGAGAGAAGAGGAACAAAAGUAGAAGCAAGACAAAGUACAGUUGGAAAGGUGAAGAUGCAAGGAGAAGAGGUAGUCAAGGUAGAGGAUGAUGCAUGGUUUAUAGAUGGUGGCAAUAGUUAAAAAAUUCCAAAAAGCUUCAUGCAAAGAAAAGAGGAAGACAACAGAGAAGAUUAAUGCAAAGCAUUAGUGUGACAGGAGGUGACGCUUGAGAUAAUGUUUGUGAAACUAAGGCAGUGGCAGUCCCUAAAGUGAGGAGCUGAAAGAUCUCAUUACAGUCUAAUUAUCUGCUGGGAAACACUGGAUCCUUUGGGGUCUUGACGUGUGCCUCCACCCCCAGCCUCAACAGUUCAGUGCUGAUUUGUCAGCACGAGGGCGAGCUGCGCAAUAUGAAGGAGGUGGUUUUUAGCCAUAAGCUGCAGGUGCUGUAGCAAACAAAAAACAUGAAUGUUUUUUGGUGUUUGAGUAGAAAACAUUUUACUGCAUUACAAAAACUUAAUCUUUUCCAGACCUUUGCUUUUCUUUUUCUCUCUCUGUGUGCUGUUUUGUGUUCUGAGUAUACUCUUUGCUGCGUGUUGUUGCACAUUUGUCUUUAAUGCUUAAUGCUACAUCAAAAGCCAUAAUGAAGUCCACAGUUUCUAUAUGAAAAAGGGCAGGUUGAGCAUGAAGCAUAAAUCUGUGUAAGGAAACAAGCCAUGGUUUUAAAAAAGCGAAGCUCCUUGAACUCCAUUCCCUUUGAAAAAAUGGAAAACAGGUCACUCACUGACGUCAUCAAGAAACUAAAUCAAAGUAGGGAGUCAAUGCAGCCUAUAAGGAAUGAAAUCAGGGGAGUGAGAACCAUUUAAAGUGCAUUGCGCAGGCGGUCUGCAUAGAAAAAAGAAACAGAUACAGACGAGAGGAAUCACGAAAGCAAAACAACCACAACAGUGGAGCCCGCCUUAAAGGGCCAAACUGGUCUCCUUUUGUCUGAACGUGUGGUUUACUGCAGAUCUGUCCAAUAUCAUGCACCAUAAAUAUCAAAGGAGAUCUUAUCGGUUCACAUUAAGGGAGCUUGAAUUUUAACCACAUUUCUGAAAAAAGAAACUGGUUUACUUCUGUUCCGUUCUGAUCUUUUCGCCCUUUUUUGAAAAUUGCUUUCGGCUGUUGAUUGAACAAGCUGUGAAACUGACACGCUAGUCGACAAAAUCCACCACCAGAAUUUGCGAUUGUUAAUAUCAAAUUAAAGUGGUGAAUUCAGAAUACCACGCACUUCAUGCCGUGUUUAGAUUUUUCUCUCGUUAGGGGAAUUCUUGUGGAAAGCGUGCGUGUAAAUUUUAAACAUCGAAUUUGUCACUCGUGUCUAUGUAGAGCAGAGCACAGCCAAGCCAUUGAUGUUACAAAUCCAACUAACAGAUCUGUUUCUUUCUUUUGUCCUUACUGCAAGUGGAACAACAUGGGUGUGCUUGAACAUUGUUUCCAACUGUUUUGAAUUGGCUGCUAAUGCUCACUGGAUGCUUCUGGCUGAAGUUUUGAGGUUACAAACCCUGUGAUGACUUAAACACACUCAUGUCUCCUGAGAAGAGACAUAAAAGUGAACAAAUGGUUAUUCGAACUGUUAUGUUGGGACUUUAUUCACACUAGCAGUGUGUUGUUGUCUUGUUUUAAUUGAAUGUUCUUUAAAAAAUGACCUCACUGUCUUUUGUUUUUCUCCUCCUGUUGUCUCUCUGGC